AGUCGAGCUCUCCUGAGGCUAGUGCUCGCGCAGUGACAGUAGUCUCGCUGCAGCCACACGGCUAUCUGUAUAUUUAAGUGCGCGCAAUUGCGAGUAAUGGCAAAAGUGCGCCGUGCGCGUCCCACAACACCAGCUGCAGCACUACAUACAAUACCUCACCACAACAGGCCGCACAUGCGCGUUAUCUGCUCCCGCUGACAUAACAGAGCGCGCGCGCGCGCGCGCCUAGUUCUGCGCGUUUUUUACACGAAAAACGGAGUAUAGCUUUUUUAGUCUCGCGAAAGCUCGCGAGCGAGACGUCGCGCGGUGUAGUACCGACAAAGUGCUGCGCGGACACACGAGCGUGUCAUAUAGACGGGACACGCGGGGCCGCGACCUACAGCCGCAGCUGAUGUGCCGCACACCUAGUUCUCAUUUCCUCGGCCCUUCGUGCGUCUUCUGCAGCCCACUGGUGGUUCGUGAUACACAGGGUUGUGUCUAGCGCGCCGCGCGAGAGAGAUGCCCGGCUGAAAGAUGAAGGCUGCGAGCAAGAGGAAAAUCAAUAAUCUAUGCGUGUUCAGACAGCGCACGAAAAAUGACGAUAACUCCGAGCUCUCGAUGGAUAUCGUGCUCACCGCCAGAAAGACGGGAAAGCUCUGUCUCUCCUCGAGGGCUCUCUCCUCAGUACCCGACAGAGUGUGGACUAUAAACGAGCUGACCGAGGAGGAAUUGAAGGAUUUGCAAGUCGACCUACGUAAUUCCGACAAUCAGAACAAAUGGUGGGAGUACGAGCCGCUGAAGUCGUUGGAUUUAAGUUCAAACAGCUUGACCAAGUUGAGCGAAGACGUCAAGUAUCUAGGAGAUCUAGUCAAUUUAGACAUACACGACAAUUUGUUGGAAUCGCUGCCCGAAGAAAUAGGCAGCUUGACGAAACUGAGAAAGCUCAAUCUGUCGUCGAACAAGCUGCGGACUCUGCCGUGCAAGUUUUUCAGUCUCGCGGAAUUGCGAUGCCUCGAUUUAAAAUCGAACCUGAUCAAAGAGUUGAGUCCUGCGAUCGGGGACUUGGUGAUGCUCGAGUACCUGAAUUUGUCAUCCAACGAACUGACGAGCCUGCCCGCCGGACUGGGCUAUUUGGUUCGCUUAAUCGCUCUGGAUUUAAAUCACAAUAAAUUAAAAGAACUUCCACCGGAUGUAAUGAGCAUGAGAGCUUUGAAAAAGCUCGACGUGAGCAACAACCGUCUGGAAGUCGUUCACCCUCUGGGCGAGUUGCGCAAAAUCGAGAGGCUCGAUUUCCACAUGAACAACCUGUCGAGUUUUCCAGACGUAAACGGCUGCACCUCGUUGCACGAGCUAUGCCUCUCUCACAACAGUAUUACCGAAAUAGACGUCAACUGUCUUGAGAGCCUGGGCCAACUCAAGAUCCUCAACCUGAGCAACAACGAGAUCGAGGUCAUACCAGAAGAAAUCAUUAUGCUGAUCAACGUCGAGCAGUUGGAUCUAUCUUACAACAAUAUUUCUGAGAUACCAGGCUGUGUGGGUGUGAUGCCAAAUCUGCAAAACUUCGCUAUCGACGGAAACAAAGUGAGGAACAUUCGUCGGGACAUAGUGUCGUGCGGAACGCCCCGAAUCAUGAAGCAUCUCCGACAGACCAUCAAUCCGACGAACACCGAGACGUCGAACUCGCCUCUGCGCGUCUGCAGUGCCAACAGCUACCCUGACAAGUACACAAUGAGAAACGCCAAGCUGUUGAGCCUGGUCGGGCAGAACCUAGCGGAGGUUCCCGACGAGCUUUUCGAAAAUGCCAAAGAAGCCGAAGUGACCUGCGUAGACCUAAGUAGAAACAAGCUGCAAGUGCUGACCGAUGCGAUGUCGAAGGUGACGAGCACGACGGAUCUGAAACUGUCGUACAACCUGCUCGCCGAGCUGCCCGAGUGGCUCGGAGAAAGUCUCGAGAGGCUACGGUACCUGGACCUGAGCAAAAACCUCCUGACCUCGCUGCCCGCCAGCCUCAGCCAGUUGCGGCUCUUGGUCGAGAUAAACAUCUCUUUCAACAAAUUCGAGGAGAUGCCGGAGUGUAUAUACGAAAUAGCGGGUUUGGAAAUCCUGAUCGCAAACGACAAUAAGAUGUCGUGCAUCAAUGUGCCAGCCUUAAGUAAUCUCAAGCGACUAGCGCAUCUAGAUCUUUCUAACAAUAACAUUGGAUAUGUUCCACCGGAACUUGGAAACCUCAAGAAUUUAAGAAUGCUGUCUCUAAGCGGAAAUUGCUUCAAGCAGCCGAGGCAGGCAACUCUAAUGAAAGGGACCGAAGAAAUCUUAGCUUAUCUUCGUAAUCGAAUUCCUACGCAAAUGUAAAUGCUUACUUCAACUCUACCACAAAUGAAGAAGUACAAACAGAUAUUACACAUUCUUAUAGGAUUUUCGAUGUAAUUUAAUUAAUUAUUGAUUACCCGUAUUUAUUGCUUUUACUUUUCAUUAGUCGCACGCGAAAAGCGAAACUCAUACAAAACUAUUUGAUAUAUCUCUAUGCGCCAACGCUACUAAAAUCGGUUUUACAAUGUCAUUAAGAUGUUAUAUUUAUCAUUCAAUAACGUAUUUUUCGUAAAUACUAUUGUAAUCAUUGAAGAAUGAUUUCUUUUGAACAAUUUUUCAUAAUAGAAACGUGAUUGUAGGUAGAGCCAACAGAAACACAACCGAAAAGUGCAAUUCGAAGUGAGAUAAGAUAUGUAUAAUAUAAAAACUGUGAAUUCUUUCGGAUUUCGUAAGUUUUAGUUUUUUAUUUAAUGUUUAAAACCGGAUUUUGACACAUAUAUUAUUCGUAUGCGGUUGUAUGUAUGUACGUCUGCAAAGUGUGAUUGUUUGUUAUAUGUUAUAUUCGUGAGAAAUAGAAGCCGUUUUGCAAUCUUUCGUAGGACAAAGUAGAUUUUUCGAAAAUUAUAGCGAUGUUGAAUUCUGUAACGUCAACGUACUAAAACGAGCAUUAUUUCUCUACUUUUUACAAUCGGUUUUGAUUUUCAAAAUAUAUAAUAGAUCAACGGAAAUAGUUAAAUAAAGAAAUGAGAAUUAUUGUUAAAAUAAAAAUAUUAUUUUAUUACCUA